AUGCUUGGUCGCCACCGAGAAGAGAUUUUGGAGCUCACGAUGGGGCCCACAGCAGAGAUAUUGAACAAUAUGGAAGGGGACAUCAUACAACGGUUACAAGCAACUUACACGGGGUUACCUUCGCGGUUGCAGUACAAUCCCGACGACAAUGCACACCUAGCACCAUUUGACUUUCUCAACACCGUAUUCCUGCACCUGGAAUAUCACAAAAGCAUCUUUCUAUUGUAUCGACUAUCACAAGCUGUACCGUUGAGCCAGAACAAGCCAUUGCUGUCUUCCGCCAAAGCGAUUAUCAAUGUGAUGACCAUGAUAUACACCCAUCGGGACCGCCUUGGAGAGAUGUUCCUCUUCUUUCCUUGGGCUGUCAUGUCUUAUGGCACCCCUGCUGCAGCCAUUCUUGCCAUAGAAUUGUUGGUCCGACCCCAGUGUCUUGCCCUUAUAGCCAACGUGACGGAGAUUCACCCCCGAUCGGAGAUCAUCCAGGAACUCAGUGUUUUUAUCAGCUGUUUGAAGAGUAUUCCAACGACCGAAGGAAACCAUGCCCCCUGCCGUCGAGUGGCACGUACCCUUCGCAAAAUCCUCGAUCAAGUGCUUGAAUCCCCAGCUAGGACAAUGUCAACCGCUAGCACAGUUUCAACAGCAUCACCGGCGACGGACGCUGAUUCUGCUAUUGGGCUGGAUAUUGACUGGCAAGUAUUUUCCUCGGGUCCUUGUGACCCCGACUACACCCAAUGGUUGGACUCCAGCACCUGGAUGCAAAUGGCCGAUCCUCUCGAUUUUCGCAUGGAGGAUCUUGGGCUAGAAAUCCCGAGCGGGGCCUACUUCAGCGAGCUUACGGAUCCAGAUAUGGCUUUUGACAGUGGUAUCAUUUGA